AUGACCGACAAAGAUUAUAGUGAAGGUCUAAAAGAUGAUUUUGAGGAAAAGGUCCUUGAUAUUAAAGAUGAAGGAAUCGAAGAUGAAGAUACAACAAGAGGAGGCGUAGAAGAGGACGGUCAAGAAAUAGAAGAAGGUAUCGUGAAAGAUAGUGUUUAUGAACAAGUUAUUGAGCGCGGAAACGAAGAAUACGAUCCAUCAAAGGAUCCCGAUGCUACCGUGAAGGAUAGGCCUUCUCGAAGUUCGCCGCCUAGUUUACGACCAUCGACCAUGGAAAAAAGAGAAGCCGAAGGACUUUAUGCUGAAGAUGAAUCUGGAUUUGAACCAAGUGCGCAAACAGAAGAAGGUGAUCUUCCGGAUACAGAUGAAACAGAUACUUCAAGAAGAUUAACUUCAUUCGUUUCCGCAUCUCAUCGAUCCAAUAGAACUCCGGAAGCAAAAAGACAAAGUGCAGAAAAAGCUUCUGCUUUACAUGAACAGAUUACUGGUUCACCAUUGGAGAUAAAUCAAGAGGGAGAAGUUGUUACUGGUCCAAGAAUUAGUGCUGGUAAUAAAAUUCCUGCUAUAGAAAAUCUUGGAGUAACAAAGGAUCAAAAUGAUACUCUUGAUUUGACAGAUAAUGAUAUUAGAGUAUUAGGAAAUUUUCCAUUAUUAAAACGCGUUAAAACUUUAUUACUUGCCAAUAAUCGUAUUACCCGUGUCGAUAAUCAAAUAUCUGAAUUCCUGCCAAAUUUAAAUACUUUGGUUUUUACCAAUAACAACAUAGCUGAAAUAGCGGAUUUGGAACCGUUGGCUGGACUUAAAGAGUUACGAUAUUUGAGUUUGUUAGAUAAUCCAGUGACAAGAAAACAAUGGUAUAGAAAUUGGGUUAUUUGGAAAAUACCUAAAGUGAGAGUAUUGGAUUUUAAAAGAGUACGAGAAGUGGAACGUAAAGAAUCCAAACAAUUGUUUGAAACAGCAAAAGGCGAACAUACUUCACUUGCCAAAUCAAUCUCUGAAACAGUUUCUAAGACAUUUGAACCUGGUGAAGGAUUAGUAUCUGGUGCUAAUGUGCCAAAAUCAAAUUUACAACCUCAUGGAAUAUCUGCGGAUGAACAAGCUAAAAUUAGGGAAGCAAUUCUAAAUGCAAAAACCCUUGAAGAAGUUACUCGAUUAGAAAAAUUAUUACAAUCUGGUCAUAUUCCUAGUUCAGGAAAACAUGUCAAUUUACAAAGUGACGACGAGAUGGAUUAA